AUGUCUUCUCGCACCCAGGUGGGCGGCGGGUUCGGCCAUCUGUUCCCCCGGCUUUUCACACCGACGGAAGCUUCAGGCUCUUCCGAGGCUGAGAGAGAGUGGAUGGGGCGGCGGCUGGGAGACAAUUUCAACCCUGGUUUUUACCGUCUCAAGUACUGGUGGACUCAUCCCUCAUCGCCAAAUCCACGAGUCGCUUACCAAAGCACCAUGAAUAUCACAGGACGCUGUGUUAACUUGUCUCACUACGCAAACUCGACCUCAAGAAACCAACAAAAGAGUCUCAACAGCCCCCACGAAUCCUCCCCCCUCAUGGCCCAUAUCCCGCGAACCCCCUCGUCAGUACCAGCAGCAGCCACCGCAACAUCCAUAUGGCGCACCACUGGCACGGCCCGAGGUGGUGUUCGAGGCCCACGCGGUCGAGCGCGCAAGGACGGACGCCGCGGUCCCGGCAGACCCGCAUCUGCAAAGCCAAGCCGGAUGACUGGACUUGCUCGACACGUUGAUCGACGUCUUGGUUCAACGUUCAUUGUCCUUACCGGAGUGGAUCGAUCAGUCAUGUACCGACGAGAGGUCCCGAAUCCCGUGGCUCGGCUAAGACGGCUCGCGGCUCCGGUGACCUGGUCACAGACCGUAGGCGACGUCAACUGCGGCCUUGCGCGGAUACGGAUCUCGGUAUCCCGUAAAGCUCUCCCGAGCCUGCCCGGCUCCAACGCGCGUAAUGCCCAACGCGGCACGUCAUACAGGUCUGGCGUUACCAGCAGCCGGCCAACUCUAAACGUGUCUUACUCUUAUCCCACCCGCGGCUCCUCGCCACAUCACGUCAAAAAGAAAGAAGAAGAAACAAAGAAGAAGGAAAACAACAACAACAACUCAUCAUUCGAGAACCGCCGAGAUGACCUCCCACGGCACGAGGAUCAAGCAGCAGCCGCCGGGUCCCAUGUGCGUCUCCCCGCUCUCGUCCCGCGGGCAGCUCCCGGCAAGGCCGGGCCGCCCGGGAUUGCGGCAGUGCGCCACGGUCAGCUCGUAACGCGGCAUGCGGUUGAUGAAGCCGCACCGGCAGCACUUCCAGCGGCACCAGCGGCGCGUCCAGAAGUCGGCCCAGAUUUCGAAGUCGGCCCAGUCCUCAAAGUCGGCGCGCGUGGACCGCCAGACGACGUACUCAUCCUCGCCGACAACAGCAGCGUCGGAGCCCGUGCUGUCUUGACUGACCUGACUGUCCUCGCUGGCCUGGCUGCUGGGCAGGCUGUAGGGGAAGUCGAAGGAGGGGUCGUGGGCUUCAUCGUAAGCAGAUAUCUGUAA